AUGCCUGCUGUCCAGGGGCCUGGCCUGAACAGCUCUUCCAAUGGGAACCGCGUUUGGCUGUGCGGUGCCAGCACAGGCUCCCGCACCGGGCACGAUGCCAAACUACAGAACCAGUUCCCCCGAGAUGCGAAGCUCCACCGGUGCCACCGGGCACAGGGGCGUCUUGCUCAACAUCAAAGCUGUGCAGCCCAGACGGGCUCUGAGGAGAAGCAGCAGCAGCGCGGUGCCCGAGCGAGCAGCCCAGCAGCAAGGCAGCUUUACCGGGUCUUGCCUAGUGGCAUUCUGGCUAUUGACAAGGCCAGGGAGCCCAUCACCUUAGUACUGGCAGAAGAUGGCACCAUUGUGGAUGAUGAAGACUACUUUUUGUGUCUGCCAUCUAACACCAAGUUUGUGGCACUGGCCAAGAAUGAGAAAUGGUCCAGCAGAAGCUUAGACAGUGGAACAGGCUGGCUCUCGGAGUCUGUGGAUGAAGUGGACGGUGCUGCGGAGAAGUGGAAGCAGUUGGCCAGGCAGCUGAAGGAUGACCUGUCUAAUAUCAUCUUGAUGUCUGAAGAAGACCUCCAGGUGCUUAUCGAUGUCCCACGUUCAGACCUGGCAGAAGAACUUGCCCAAAGUCAAACCAAGAUCCAAGUAUUGCAGGACACCCUGCAGCAGGUGCUGGACAGACGAGAAGAAGAACGCCAGUCAAGACAGCUCCUGGAACUCUACCUAGAGGCCUUGAAAAAUGAAGGCAGUAUCUUAAGCAAAGUAGCAGAAUCUGGGACUGUACCAAGAAAGGAGAUGGAUGUGGUUGACGCAGGUACCAGCAGUACAGGCCCUUCAGCCAAAACGGCGCUCAGUGACCAGAUCCUUGCUGCUCUGAAAGAGAAACCUGCUCCAGAGCUCUGCUUGGACAGUCGAGAUCUAGAGCUGGUCUUGAAAGAAGACACACAAGCCCUGGCCUCGGCUCUGAGAUGGGACAAGCAGAAAGCUGAAGCUCUGCAGCAAGCCUGUGAUCAGGAGCUCUCCAAGCGGCUACAACAAGUGCAGACUUUGCAUUCCCUAAGGAGCACGUCAAAGGGCAAGAAAACACUGCCCUGGGGAGACUGGCUUAGUUCAAAACGCAAAAAAUAA